CCUUCGUACCGAACACACGUGCCCCGCCAAGACGCGUCGCAAUCAAUUCUUCUUUUCGACUCGUAUUAGAACUGGUUUCACCCCAUCGAAAUGCCACUGAUAGCCCUGGCCCUGAUCGCCUUUGGCCUAACUCUGGGCCAAUCACUGCCCAUCGAUGAGGGAGAGUCGGCGCCGACGGUGGUGACCGGCGAGCCGGCAGAAUCGACGGCAGGGCGAGUGGUCUUCGACCAGCGGCAGACGGGUCGUUUCAACAUCCAUGUGAGCAUCAAGGAUGUGGCCAUCAUCGAGGUGGGCCAGAAUGGGCUGGCCGAGGAGACAUACAACGAUGAGGAGGAUUACUAUUACGAUGACAGUGCGUUGACCGUCAAGCCGAUCAAGCUGACCACAGAGGCCAGUACCACGACAAGCACCAGGGCGACUUCGCAAUCGGUGGCUCCACCAGAGACCACAGAAGCCACUACACCCAGCCCCAACUCCAGCUUCACCUCCAGCCUGUUGGCCGACAUAGCAGCCAGUGUAACAAAACCCAAGUCCCGGCUGAAUAACUUAAUGAUUGUGGAGACACCCAUUGGUGGGGUCACUAAGGCUCCACACCUGCAUCCACACCCACAUCCACACCAUCCGCUACAUGGCAGGUCCAAGGAUAUACCCACCGUGGCCGCCGCUGCCAUAACGCCGCCUUCCCUGCCCGAUGGCAUUGAGUAUACACCGCCCAAGGGUCCCAACUCUCCCAUUUUUAAGGUGAAGGUUCAACGAUCUUCGAUGCCCGCCGCCAAGAAGUCAGCCGCCGCCGCUGCCCGCUGCCGGGGCCACCAGGUGCGGGAUGCCCAUGGCAAGUGCUCCGACUCGAUCUACAGAAAGCUGUACAGCAUGCUGGUUGGUCUGAAUUUUCCCUUUUUGGCAGCCGCCAAUUCUGCAGAUAGUGUUUGAUGACUUGACAACUAAACGAGCUAUAAGACAUAGAACUUAAGUGCCACUAAUUGGGUCUUAGCCUUGAGCGUGAAAUAUAUUGACUGAAAGAAAGGCUAUUGUCUGAAUUUAUUCUAUUUAAUUUUGUGGAAAAAUAUUAGCUGCUUAGAUAU